GCUCUUAUGCUUUACUUUUCCAACCUUUGAUUUUGAAAACUGUUUUCUUUCACUGUCUCCUAAUGAGCCUCUUCUUCUAUAAAUUUGCCCCUACUCACCUAUACAACUUCCCCUUCUCCUCUUCGUCUUUUUCUUUUCUGCCUAUUCAUCUUCUCUUUCCAUCUUCAUCUAUUGCUAUUUUCCUUCUAAAAAUCUUCAACCUUUGAUGAACCUUGAUGCCUAACAUAGCUGUAUGUUAAUGUUUCAAGUUCCCAGUGAAACCUUUCGUUCCGGUUUUAGGUUUAUGAUAAAUUCCUCCUUCAGACGCAGGACCCAGUUGGUUCAAUCUUUCUCUGUUGUCUUCCUCUACUGGUUCUAUGUUUUUUCAUUAAUCUGCUCUUUCAUCUCAUGUAUUAUAUAACUUAGUGUAAAUUAUCAUUGUCAUCUAUCUCUGGGUCCUGCGUCUUAGAAUUGUUUUUUCAUCUUUUUUUCGUUUCUGUACAAUAUCAUUCCAUCUUUUCCAUGGCAUCAUCAAGUGGAAACUCGUCUAUUUGCACCAAGAUUCAAAGCUCGAGCUCCGAAGGAGAUUUGCAGGUUCUGACGAUGGACGAGAGAAAGAACAAGAGAAAACAAUCGAAUCGUGAAUCUGCGAGAAGAUCUCGGAUGCGAAAGCGUGACCACUUGGAAGACCUCAGGAAGCAAGUGUCAGAGUUCACAAAGGAGAACAGGGAAAUCAUGGCGACCAUAGACAUGACCACACAACACUAUCUGAAAACCGAGGCAGAAAAUUGCGUUCUGAGGGCCCAGAUGGGUGAGCUUAACCAGCGGCUCCAAUCGCUGAACGACAUCAUCGUUGACAUCAUCAACACAACCACCUCCUACGAAAGGGACUGUUAUCUAACAAGUUUACAAAGUUUUAGCAACACUGUCUGUCUCAACCAACCUGUUUUUCAGUGGUGAAUUGUGUUGUUUGAAGGUAUGGAUCUGAGAAGAAAAAAAGAAGAAAGUUGAAUGUAGUUUUGGUUACUGAUAUUGUUACGUACAGUGGUUAGGGUGGGACUGUAUGAAGUGGGAGAUGGGUAAGCAAAAUCUGUGCCAAGUGCUCGAUGAAAGGGACACACUCAUCUUCAACUGUGUCAGUUCAUUAUUAAUUAGUGCUAAUCACUCUUGUUUACUUUCAUCCAAAUAAAGAUUUCAGUGCUGCUGUAAUUUAUAUUUA